CCUUCUCCUCAUUUCAGCAGUAUUGGAAUACUGACUAUUGGCUGUUAAAAGUGGACGAGCCGUCUAACUGUGCGGAUUUAUAUCUUUACCAUAAAUUAAGGAUAAUAUUGAUUUUUAACACGAUAUUCAGAAUGCCUAAACCCGAGUUAACAGAUAUAGAAGAGAUAGUAAAGACAUGGGCCUGGACAACGUUCCUACAGACUAGAACAAAAGAGAACAGUAAACUACGAUUUGAGGAUGUAAUUUUGGAAGUGAAAUGGAACAGAGUCAGAUUUACAAAUUCUUUACCUGAAUAUAAAGAUGAACGAAAACUAGAAAAACCCAAUUCACAGGUUGUGUUUAAAUCAACUUAUGAGAACUGGACAGAUCAUGAUCAAGCACAUUCCUUCCAGACUGAGAGAACGACGGUCUCUAGUUGUACUACAGAAGUAUCCAAGGGUUUCACUAAAGGUUUUCAUCUAGAGGUCAAAUUGGGUCUUCCUGAAGAGGUUGCUGGGGCAACGGCAGGUUUCGGUCGCGAGGUUAAUAUGGAAACCGUAGACGAGAACACUCACGAGGAAUCUAUGACGUGGUCGAUUAAUAGCUCCAUCAAUGUGCCGCCAAAACACACGACAACUGCUGAACUUGUAGUACGUGAACAGGAAUUUAACGCAAGUUUCAAUAUGAACGUCAAUAUUAAAGGACGUGUUUUAGUUGUUGUAACAAAUCUUAAAGACAAUAAUUCAUUCGUUCAAUCUAUUGAAGGUGAUUUCAGUGAUAUAUUAAAGAAACAUGGCGGCGAUAAUAGCAACAAAACUUACGUCAUCGAGAAUAAAUCUGUGAAAUGGCCAUUGGUCGGUACGUGUAAAUUUAGAUUUGGAAUCGAACAACAUGUCCAACUUCGUGAAAGUCCGUUAUGCGAAGAUUAAAUUUGUGAUAUUUUAUAUUAUUCUAAUGAACUUCUUUUAGAUACUUUUCCAAAUGGUGGUACUUCUGAUUGGCAUAAUGCACGUAGUUUCAAGAUCGCUUUUACCCUUUUUCAAUAAAAUUCGAAUUAGGUCUAUUAAAAACCUAUACAUCACAAGACAUUCCUUUUCGUGGAUAUUACUAUACUAUCUAUAGACGAAAAUGCUUAUUUUGAACACGAGAUGUUGUUAUAUAUAUAUUGCUGUAGAUUAAACUUGUGUUCACCAUAUGAUGCUUUUUAUGCAAUAUGAAUAAAUAAUUUACAUUUA